UUUCCCAUAAAUAUGCUAAAUUCCUCUUGAUAUGCAAAUUCUUUUGUCAAAGCGCCCUUUCCCCCCCUUCCAACCCAGCUUAUAUAUAUGCUCCAAGCACGUGUGCUGUUUCAUUCAGACGCUGUCGCCUCGACAGACCUGGUUUUCACCUGAGGACGGCUGCUUGCGUUGUGGCCGAAACGUCGUGAGAAUUAUUUUAUUAUGUUUUAUUUUUAUUAUUUUAUUACUUCCCUUCUACGUGACUUUACCGAAAGAACCAAGAAGAUUCACACGUAGGCUUUCGCGACCAAUAUUCAUAAUCGAGGUUUUUUUUGCGUUAGAUCGCGUAAAUAUGAAUCUACAUCAGUAAAUAUGAAUCUGCCAGUACCAAAAUGUGAGAAUAGGUUUUCCACUUUUUCUGGCAACAAAACAGGUGUUAAGAUGUUAAAACACCAAAUUGAAACAUUUGACAAGGAAUAUGAAUCUGUCAUUAAAUCCGCCACCACCACAAAUCUGGCUGUUGCCUGAUGAUGCUUGUAAUUACUGGUGAAACGUCCUCGACUUUUUUAACGUUGUGGGUUUACUCUCCAACACACUGGUGUGCUGUACUAGUAACGAAUUGGCAUGCUUUGUUUACGUGACAAACCUUACGAAUUAGCUGUGUCGGGUGGUGGCGGGUUGAACGAUACAUGAAUAUUUACACGAUGUAACCCAAAAAAACCUGGAUAUUCAUCAAUUAUAAUACUGUUUGGCCAAUAGGGCAGCUAGCCCUGUUGGGGGCUGCCUCAGCCCUUCCCAUCCACGGUAGUUAAAAUACCGUGCAGUUUGGGUUUACAUUGCAUCCAAGUGGGACAGCAUCUCUACAGAUGCUUUAGAGACACACUGGGCACAUUGUGUAGAGGCAGUCGUAGGCAGAGGGAGGAAGGAAAGAUCUGGAGCCUUGACUUGAACCGGGACAGGUAGUCAACAGCACGGAUAACUUGGGGAAGGCGGUUCCGGACUGGGGGUAGCAGAGGAAAAUGAGCAACAUCCUGAGGGUAGGUUGACUGGGGCCUUUCACAGAAAGUCUUGGUUGCUAGAGCAGAGAGUGCACGGAGGGGAGUAGAGCUGGAAGAGAGCGGUCGGUGAGUGCGUGGAGAGAAGCAUCGUGAGAUGAGGGAGGAGGAGAAAGACCAUAGAGCAUUUUGGAGACGUGUAGAGGCUGAGCUCGGUUCCAGCCGACGUCGGGGGCUGGUCCAAAAGCGGAACGUCUCGGACCUAGUGCCAUCCUUUGUGGUGGAUGAGGGGCUGAGCAACAACAUGGCGACGCCGGUCAAGGGGAAGCGGCCUCGCACACGCCAGACCAUGUUGUUAGGGCCAGCAGAGAUCAGUGCCUACCAGAGUCAAGGAAUCGGCGUGAAUCAGAGCGUAUUGCUCGGCCACGCCUGCAAAGCGGCGGCGCUGGAUCUGGAGGAGUUGUUGCUACCCAUGGACGCCCUCCAGGGCACUGCUGCAUCCAGGCUGGACCCGGCUCCUCCGUGCCCCCCGGCCGUGACAAACAACGCAACGGCCAAUGUUAACUCCAGCAGCAGUAGUAGCAGCAGCAGCAGCGACUCUGAAGUGGAGGCCGGCAUGGAGCAGCUGUCAUCUUACGAGCGCAAGAGACUUCGGAACAUCCGGGAGAAUGCAAAGUUCCUUGCGGAUCUCAACAUCCAAAAGGCGGUGGAGAGCCUGAAAGAAGUUAAUAAACGUUCACACAGGUCCAGAGUGAAGGUGAAGCAGCCACCGCUGCCCCUGCGCAAGCCGUCCCGCCGCUUGCGCAAGCUGGACCCGUCGGGCGUGCCACUGCCCGAGGAGCAGCCCUUGCUCACCCCAGCAGAGUCUCAUGUGAAGCUCAGGGCAUCCGGUCCACUGAAGAUGGAGGCCACCAACCUGUCCACGGAGGAGCAGAAUGCCCUACUCGAGGUGUGGAGGAAAAGCGAGCAGAUCGUUGAGACUGAUGGUCGCGAGCCUUGCGGAUCUGCGUGGCUACUUGGGUUGCGUCAGGGCAACUGCCGCAUCGCCAAGGUGAUGAGGGAGAAAAUCUGCUCGGUGGCUGUGCACCCAACCAUGGACCACGUCCUCGUGGCUGCUGGGGACAGCCAGGGCAACGUGGUCUUCUGGGACCUGGACUCGUCGCCGGGGGAGGCCGCCGCCGUGACUCUGUUCCGGCCGCACGUCGACCGCGUGUCGUGCCUGUGCUUCCCGCCGACACAGCGCACGCGUCUCUACUCGAGCAGCUUGGACGACUCGCUGCGCUGCGCCGAUCUGCACCACGGUGUCUUCGAUGAGGUGUACGCCGGCAAAUCAAGUCCACCUGUGGGCCUCACCAGCUUCGACUUCCAGUCUGAGGAUGGUGCCUCGCUGCUGGUGGGCCGCUGCGACGGCGCCGUGGAGCUCGUCGACUGCAGGAGCCCAAGGAAGUGUGGCGAGCAGCAGUGGAUGGUGCACCAGAAGAGAGUCCACUCAGUGCACGUGCACCCCACGCAGAGGCACUACUUUGUGACGGCGUCCACCGACUGCACCGUACAGAUCCAUGACGUCCGUGCGAUGGGCGUGGGCCAACGCAGCGGCACCGCUGCCAACGCCGUCGCCGUGCUGCAGCAGCACAGCCGCGUGGUGCACUCGGCGUACUUCUCACCGCUCACCGGCAGCCGCCUGCUCACCACCUCCAUUGACAACUCCAUGCAUGUGUACGACACCCGCGUUCUGGGCUCGCAGAUCACUCGCACCGCCAAGAUAUGCCAUAAUAACCACACGGGCCGAUGGCUUGUGCCGAUGAGAGCCAUGUGGGUGCCGGGCGGUGAGGACAUGUGGAUGUGCGGCAGCAUGGAGUGGCCACGCCACCUCGACGUCUUCUCAGCCACAGGGCAGAAGCUUCUGGUGGUGGGGAAGGAGGAGAUAUCGAGCAUCUGCACGGUGAUCACCUUUCACCCGACGCGACCCGUGCUCGUGGCCUGCAACUCGAGCGGGAAGGUGCACUUGUUUGCUGGCUUGCCCGGAUCGCUGUGCCAAGAUUCCGCCGCCGGCACCGUGUAAGCUCGGGGACACGGAGCGAUUUCCCCAAUCAACAUCGAUUCAUAUGCCCCUUGUGUCGAGUCACCCCUGGAGAAUCUGUUCUUUAUGAUCGGUACAAAUUAUAAACGAAUGCCGCCUGUAGAGUAAUGGGGCAGAUGAGACGGUGCAGACGAGAUGGAGAGAGUGGGACGGGGCGAACAGGACUGGGUGACCAACACAGGGCGAGCGACAUGGAAAAGAAUGCAUCGAGUCUCACUCGGGGGUGAAGUGUAGUUGCCUCGUGCGCGUAUGUUUUUGUUUUCAACGUGGAGACCAUAGAUGUUGUUUUGUUGUAUCUUUCCAGGGUUGCUUCCCUAAAUCAGUAGUUUACAAUCUGGGUGGUACUUUUGUCCAAAAUCCGAGAGGUCUCCAUAACAAAUCGCACGGCUGUGCAUUUGAUUCGUUGAGCUCGGGCUGUUCGACUUAAAAGCGUUGCUCACCCAAGACAAGCUUGCAGUUGCCGCCACGUGGAACAUGUAGGCGACUUGUUUCCUUUUUUAGUUCAGCUGCUGCCGGGCGGCGGCGGCUGUGGCAGCUACGCCACGCGUAGCCUGCAACCUAUUACUGCAGUGGCAGCAACGAGGGCUGGUGAGUCGCACAAAUAUUCCGGAACUUCCCUUCCCGUGGACGUUGAGUAGUUGCUUUACCCUGGCUCGCCAGAAGAAGGCGGUACAGCCAAAAUGGUGGACUCUACCUGUUCCGUCUGUGUAGGAUCGAGUAUUUCCCCCUCGCCGUGCGUGGGUUUUCUCUGGGUCCUCCGGUUUUGCCGGCUCACUUCCACGUCUGCUGCCUUAGUGCUCGUCACGUGUGUCCUCCUUGCGCCUCUCUCUGUAUGAGAGUGACUCCUGCACAGCGGCGGUGGCAACGUGUGUGUGUUGCUCUUACGCCAGCGGCCACUCGUGAGAUUGACGGUGUCUGUGCUUAACCGCAGAGUUUCCCCCGUCCGUGUUAAUGUCAACAUCACGAUUUUUCAACGCUCGUUCACCCACGAAAAGCCUCCCCGUAUACAUCCCACUGCUUUAAACGACACCGAGCAAGAUGUGUCCAGAGGCGCCUUGUGGCAAACAUCUUUACAGUUACGUGGCCACUUGCAUCAAACACCUCAAGUGCUUGUCCCUUGAACGCGCCUGGAAUUAAAUCGACCGGGCGAAAUUCCCUUUGGUGUUUUAUGCAAUGUAAGUGUUCGUCAAACGACGUGGUUAAUUAUAUUAAUAUGCCCAGUGGGCAUUGUUUCAAGGGGUAUGGAUGAAGCCUAAGGUCACUGUAUAGUGAGGGCCUUUGUCGCCUUGUGUGUUAGGCAGGCACGUGCCUCUCGGCCUGCUCGGCGUGCGCUCGCAAACCACGAGCUGUGCACGUUUCCGAGGGCCUGGGUGCUGCACCCAUUCAAGCGCGGUGGUCUUUACAUGGAUGGAGAGACACUGACACAGUUAACCGCCGCGCUCCACUCACUUCGUGUUCACGGGUGCUGAUAAGCUCCUUAACUGCUUUGCCUGGGAAGCAUAAUAAAUGUUGCAUUUUUUUUGUGGACCCUUCGCGUGUUUUCACUUAAAUCUACGAUAACCCGCUUAGCCCAUUGCGAAAGCACGUCACCGCGUGUACACCCUGCCAGCCGGCAGGCCAGUGCCGGUUAUCGGAUUGGUGCGGUGGUUUUCGUGAAAUAUUGGCAACACCUUAAAGAGUGGCACGGCCACGCAGGAGCGUGAUCGCUUUUACGUGAACUGGAACAUGAGCACCUGGGUGUCCAGCUCCUGCACAUACGACCAGCCACAGUCUCGCAUGACCGUCGGCUCCUGGGGCCCGGCGCAUACAUCUGUCACGCGCUCACUUCUCCCAGUCGAGUACAAAUCCCCUAACAUGUAUAGGGGUUCCCUUAAUGGACUGCUGUGCAGCUUGAUUCAUUUUAGCUCGGAAUCAAUAUGGAUUUAUACUGAAAGAAUCCGAUGAGCUCUAAAGCUUUUUUUCACAGAUGUCCAGUAGUUUUCACAGAUGUCCAGUAGCUCUUGGGCCCUGGCGAGACCACGUGGCACAGAAGGAAGGGAAGACCUGGGGCCAGGGGCCGGGGCCAGGGGCCAGGGCCCGGAGCUGACCGACGGGUGGUCGUGGCACCUGCACCGGGCUGAACACUUGGACCCCCGUCCCCUGUUCCCAGGUCAUAGGUCCGUGCCGGAGGUCACGCAUCCACGGGUACCCUACGAUAUUCGGGGUAGGUUGCUGAUAAAACCAGAGCAGGAGAGCUAACAAAACAGGGCCUUGGAAAUGCACUCGAGGUGGUCGGGUUAGUAGACUGCCCAAGACGAGUAGCUCGUUGCUUAGUUAAUUAGGGCUUGGGUCAGAGGGUGGCUCGUAAUAGUGGCUAGUUGGCGACUUUGUUAGGAGUUGGUCAGAGGGCUAGUACUAGUGAGGAGUUGGCUAGUUAGGGCUACGGUCAGUGGGUGGCUAGUACUCGUGGCUAGUUGGAAAAUUGGCUUGGGUCAGAGGGGGCUAGUAGCUACUUGGUUACGGUUAGAGGACGACUUGUAAUAGUGGCUAGUUAGGGUUAAGAUCAGAAGGGGGCUGGUACUAGUGGCUAAUUUUUUAGGGUUAGGGUCAGAGGGCGAGU